UGCCAUAGAUCGCUGCUAUAAUACAUAGCAGUAAAAGCCGUCUGCUCGCACAAGCUGCUGUGGCUCGACUACGUAGAUAUUCUGUGGCUAAUUUUCUCACUUUUUAUCCACGUAACCGCGACCCUCCUUCGAUGUGUCCCGUUAUCAUUUCGCAGAAGCGUUCAUUUCCGCACCUGCCACGGUAGUGCUCGGGCGGCACUGUACAAACGAACUAGAGGAGGAGGCAAGGACAUUGUGGAAGCGUCGGAGCAAUAGCAGGGAGAGCUAUAGAAACGGCCGCCGGUUGAUAACGCAGAGGCUCCGAGUGAUUUAGAUCAAAUUGGCGAAAUGCUGCUGACAAAAAUCGUUGUGGGUUUCAUCUGCUUGUCCUUGGUGUCCUCUGUGAUGGGCUGUGGACCAGGCAGAGGCUACGGGAGGAGAAGACAUCCGAAGAAGCUUUUACCUCUGACGUACAAGCAGUAUAUCCCAAACGUCGCGGAGAAGACCCUAGGGGCAAGUGGCAGAUACGAAGGCAAGAUCACACGGAACUCCGAGCGAUUUAAAGAACUGACUCCAAAUUACAAUACCGACAUUAUAUUCAAGGAUGAAGAGAACACAGGUGCCGACAGGCUUAUGACUCAGAGAUGUAAAGACAAGCUGAACUCGCUGGCCAUCUCCGUCAUGAACCAGUGGCCCGGGAUAAAGCUGCGCGUGACAGAGGGUUGGGAUGAGGACGGACACCAUUCCAUGGAGUCGCUCCACUACGAGGGAAGGGCAGUGGAUAUCACCACGUCUGACAGAGACAAGAGCAAAUACGGCACGCUCUCCAGACUUGCGGUGGAAGCCGGAUUCGACUGGGUCCACUACGAGUCCAAAGCCCAUAUUCACUGUUCCGUCAAAGCAGAAAACUCUGUUGCUGCUAAAUCGGGAGGCUGCUUUCCAGGUUCUGCAUCAGUUACCCUUCAAGAUGGAAGUAGGAAGUCUGUUAAAGAUCUCAAAGUUGGCGACAAAGUGCUGGCCGCCAACACGGAGGGGGAGCUCGUUUACACCGAUUUCAUCAUGUUCAUAGACCAAGAUUCGACAACCAGAAGAAUGUUUUACGUGAUAGAGACUAAAGAAGCGACCCAGAAAAUCACCCUCACUGCUGCGCAUCUCCUCUUUGUUGUUAGCAACUCAACGACUGACCUGCACACGAUGUCAGCAGUAUUUGCUAGCAAAGUCAAACCUGGGCAGAAGUUGGUGGUAUUCGAUGAUUUACAUAACCAACUCAAGUCUGUGACAGUGGAACGGAUUUACAUGGAAGAGUACGAAGGGUCAUUUGCUCCAGUUACUGUACAAGGAACCGUCGUGGUGGACCAAGUGCUUGCGUCGUGUUACGCAGUAAUUGAAGACCACAACUUGGCGCACUGGGCCCUUGCGCCAGUUCGGUUCAGCUACUGGCUUUCUUCUUUGCUUUUCGCUAAAGACUACACCGAGCCCAACGCCACCGUGCACAAGGACGGAGUGCACUGGUAUUCCAAGAUUCUAUAUCAAUUAGGAACGUGGCUCUUGGACAGUCACUCGAUCCAUCCACUUGGGAUGUCAAUAAUCUCCAGUUGAAACUUCAUAGCCUAUGGCAAGAGCAAACUGAGACUAAUGUAGGACAAUAAACAAUACUAGAAUAAAAAGACAAAGGCCCCAGCGGAGUUGGGAUAUUUAUUUCAGUGACUUUUACAUGGUGUGUCCCUUUCAAAGAAUGAAUGGAGCCUUAAACGUUUUCUUUUAAUAAUUUAUUCUCAUUUGAACUCGCUGGUACCACACAAAUGGAUUCUAAAACGGUGUGACCAGCAAAUUGCGCAGAAUCUAUUUUUGUAUAUCUCAAGUAAACUGCAAAGAGAAAGAAGAACAUAGAAAGAAUUAAACUUUCUUGACAGGUUGUAAUGUUCUGUGCAUAUAUGUGCAACUGACUGUUAUAUUUUGGGGAGAACAAACUUCGUGGGGGUCCAUAAAUUAUAUUUUUUAUACACAGAAUUGUAAAUUAGAUUUUGACAGAUCGUUACCGAAUCACAUUUCGUUAUUUGAAAUAGUGUAAGAUACGAGAAUAUAUUUUAAUUUAAAUACAGUAGUUGGGAAAGUAUUGGAAAUCGUGUACUGCUUUGUUUAUUAAGAAUUAUAUAAUUUUGAAGACAUUUCAUUUAUGUUGUCAGAGUGGGACAGAUAUUCUGCCUCAUGUCUGCUCCCUCUGCUUGUGUUUAUUUUUUCUAUUUUUCUUUGAGAAAAUAUGAAAUGCACAUUCUGACAAUUCAGUAACAUUAUAAGUAGUACAGAACAAACGUUUUGUUGAAUAAAUUAAUAAGUAACUCCUGUAAAUUUACUAAAAUGUAUUUUUCUUUUCAUAUUUUGUAAUAGGGAAAUAGUUUUAUAGAAAUUACAUGCGGCAGAUGCACAGUUUGGAUAGUGUAUAACAGCGUGACCAUACCAGUUACCUUUCAUAACGGCGAUGUGUCAAAAAUGUCUAGAGUUUAUUAUUUAUAUGUUUAUUACAAAAUGAGAUAAAGAAAACGUUCAAAACUGCA